GGGAAUCCUAACCCGGUCUAAGAGGAAGCUGGAGAUGGAUGAUGUUCCCAUUGCGUAUAUGGAGGAGAAGAAGAAGGGAAAUGGGGGGAAGAGGAAGCUGGAGAUGGAUGAUGUUCCAAUUACUUCUAUGGAGGAGCAGAUGAAGAAGAAGAAAGAAAACCUAACUCUGGGGAAGAGGAAGAUUGAGAUGGAUGACGGUCCAAUUGCUUAUAACAAGAGAUGGAAAUUGACUGCUCAUAGAACCGCAACAACUGAAUCUCCUCAUCAGAAACUUCCUCAUGAGUUAGUACUGGAAUUAUACAGGAAAAGAAGAAGAAGAAGGUGAUUUUGUCAAGGAUGAGUUUUUCUAGAUCAGCUAUAUAUGUUGGUGGAGCUCUUUACUGGAGGGUGCUUACUAGAGAUCAUGGGUUUGGUGAUAACGAAGAAGAGGAUCAGGAGACGGAAAUGCUGCUAUGUUUUGGCAUUCACAAUGAACAGUUUCAACUCAUUUCUCUUCCUCUUGAAUGUAAAUUAAAGAUCAAGACGGGGACAACAACGAUAACUACUGAGCAGGAGCAACAGUUAAUUGAUCAUCGUCUUUUGGAAUUUGAAGUAUCUCCCUGUAUAGCACGUCUACAGACUGGUGAGCAGCAGCAACGAAGGAAUAAUGACAAUUGUUGUUGUAAGGUUCAUUUGUAUGUAUUGAAGGACAGAGUCAAGUCAGAAUGGAGCACAGAGAUUUUUGAUGUUUGUGAUAAUACUAGUAUGAUUCAAGAUAUGUCUAAUCCUCCUCCCUGCAUCAUAGCAACAGCUACUUCUUCUACGGCUGCGACCACCACCACCGUCACAACUACUACUACAGUUGCAGCUGCAGCUGCUACUACAACUACUAGUACUACUACUCAUGCUCCUCAGCCAAUAACACAGAUAAUGUGUGCAGCUGAUAGAGUUAUCUUGUACUGGUUUGAUAACGUAUGUGUUCAGUUCUACGAUUUGAGGAAAAAACGUCUCAAGAUGGUGAAGUAUACGCCCGCCGAUCCCACAAAAGAUGUUGAGUUGUUUAGCUGCAAGGUACGGGGCCAGAUCUUCCCUUAUGAUGUUGUUGAUGUUGAUAAACUUAUUUAUUGUAGAUGGGAUCAUAUCGACUAUAAGCUCCAUAUUUAUGUAGAGAACUCUCUCCCUCUUAAGACCUUCAUACCAAAAGAAUGUACUAUCUUACGGGAUUACACGAACUGGUUAACUGAAAACAAGGAUAUAGAGGAUGGACUAGGUUAUGUAUAUACGGAUGGAAAAAAUAGAACGCCAGAAUUUCUUUGUUUUUGCAAUAGAUUAUCUAAGGAAGGGUCUCGAUAAAAACUCAUCUUCAUUUUUCUCCAAUGAAAGACGGAGUGUAUCUCUUUCUUUCUUCAGAUUCAGCCGCUGGGGGGAGAAAUGAAUUUUUCUUCUUGUUGAUGAUGCCUUACUACUCUGAACAGGUAAGCUUUUCUAUUCUCUGCCGUAUAAAAAGGGUGGUUGAAGAUUUGCAAGGCCUUAUCUAGUAGUAGAUGAGUAAUGUCCGUGGGUGGUAUACCUGUGGCUGAGUCGGAAAUUCAGCCUGCAUCAGGGAUCAAAAAGAUUAUCAAGCCAUUAUCAGUUAUCAUGGAUCCGUUCUUAGGAAAGAAGAUUUGAUAUUUCCUUGGCAAACAAAGUUGCUCGGCUGGUGGUUGUCUACCUCCCGUUCUUCAUGUAUUCUGACCUCUUUAUCUUCUUUGCUGAUAGAGGUCUAUUUCUUAGUUUUCUUUGUUGCUUCUUAUUCAGCUGUUUGUGUUGUCUGCGAAAACUUUUUGUUUUGCAAGGGUGACCUUAACUUGGUAGUGAUAAGUCUGAUUCUA